UAAAACCUGCGCAAUACAAUCAGUAUCCCAGUCUCAAUCUUCAAAACAAAAAAAAAACAAAAACUUCAAAAAAAGUUGUACCCUCAACUGACGUCACCAGGGUUACUAAACCAGUUAUAGUCAUAAUUUGUUAGCAAUCACUUCAUACAUAAAUAGAAGAUUUUGUGUUAUUCGGGCUCAGAUCGUUGUUAGGCUUGCAAAAUGUACAUAGCUGUGGGGUUGGUGUUAUUAUGUAUCGUGGUGCUCGCUGUGUGGACUACGUGGUUCAGGCAGAAACCUGAUGCACCUCCUAUGAUGCCAGGUUUUCUCCCGAUAAUAGGACAUUCACAUCUCAUUUUCGGAGACCGUAAACAUCUCUGGUACUUCAUAAAACAUAUCAACGAAUUAUCUUUCGAGCAUGGAGGAGCUAUCGAGCUUUGGUUGGGCGCCCAGAGGUUUUAUGUAUUAUCCGAUCCUGAAGAUUGUCUUACACUGGCCAACACGUGCUACAGCAAACCUUACAUCUAUGACUUUGCUAAGGAUUUCUUAAACAAUGGACUGAUUACAGCUGAAGCCCCUGUUUGGAAAUCUCAUCGUAAAUUAUUAAAUCCGGCAUUCAACCAGCAAGUAUUGAACACAUUCGUCGAUGAAAUGAACAAACAAGCUCGAAAUCUUGUUUCGAAUUUGAGCAAUGAAUUGGGCAAGACGCCUUUCGACAUCAGACAUUACUUGGUCAACUUCACACUAUCUACUGUUAGCCGUACUUCACUAGGUCUAACAGCCAAAGAACAGAAGAUAAUAGACCGAGAAUACGCUGAGGCUAUUGAAGAUUUAUUGGCUCUGUACUGUGACAGAGCCCAGAAAGUGUGGCUGCAUAUUGGCUGUGUGUUCAAAUGGAGUGAAAUGAAACGCAAACAAGAUAGGCUGACUAAAACUUUGAAGAAUAUCAUUAAUCCCGUUAUAUUGAAAAGGAAAUCCGAAAUGAAGAACAUACCAGAACCUACGCAAUAUGAAUACACAAAUGGUAAAUUCAAACCAGUGCUGGAUCACAUGCUUCAAAUGGCACAUGAGCAAAAUGUUUUCUCAGACGAAGACAUCAGAGAGCACCUAGACACUUUAGUAGCAGCAUCAUAUGACACGACCUCUUCAGCCAUGACCUUUAUGCUGUUGGUGAUUGCAACUUACCCAGAAAUACAGAGUCGAAUUUAUAAUGAGAUACAAGAAGUACUGCAGAACAAAGACGAUGACUUUUCAAAACACGAUCUGCAGAAACUUGUGUACCUAGAUGCUGUUGUUAAAGAAUCAAUGAGGGUGCACACUGCUGUCCCGUUUAUGGCUAGAAAAGUUGACGUGGAUGUUAAACUGAAAAACUGUACGCUGCGUGCCAACAGCACUUGUGUUCUCGGUGCACAUGCUCUCCACCGUCACCCGCUCUGGGGUCCCGAUGCAAAUGAAUUCAAACCAGAGCGCUGGUUAGACUCCAGCACCUUACCAGAUAAUCCUGUCCUUUUCGCUGCCUUCGGUAUUGGCAAACGAAACUGCAUAGGAAAAUUGUUCAGCAUUCUGAUGAUGAAGACAGCACUAGCACACAUAGUACGACAAUAUCAUAUCUCUGGCAGUAUUCAUAAUAUAGAUUGUGAAUUUGACGUAGUUGUAAAACCGGUAAAAGGUCACCUUAUUGGUUUGAAAUUAAGAUCUUAGAAUUUUAUCAAAAUGGCUGUAAAUGAUAGAGUGAAUGUGAAAAAUAGGAAAUAGUAAUUUAUUUCAUAAGUUGUUUAAAUGUAUUUUAUAUGCUAUUAUACAAUCAAAAUACUUUUGGUUGCGUAGUUAAAACUAGAAUGAAGUAAAAUAAAAAUAAUUAUAUAUAUGCCUAUUGACUUGGUAACAGUCUUAUAAA